AUGACCAAAGAGAUAAUUGAUCAGCAGGAAUGCAGUAGUUACAGGGGAAACAAAGGUAUAGGGUAUGAAAUAUGCAGGCAGCUAAUGCAAAAAGGAGUGAUGGUAAUUUUAACAGCUAGGGAUGAAAAAAGAGGCAAAGAAGCUGUUGAAAAGCUAUUGAGAGAAGAGUCUUGUUAUUAUCAUCAAAUGAAUCUUGUUGUGUUUCAUCAAGUUGAUGUUGUGGAUCCACAAAGUGUUUCCUCUUUGGUUGACUUCAUCAAAUCUAAAUAUGGAAAGCUUGAUAUUUUGGUAAAUAAUGCAGGAGUUAAUGGAUUAAUGGUAGAGGCAGAUGUUUCAAUCCUUGCGGAGAUGAUAGAAAGAGAAGUUGCUCGAGGUUUAAGCAACACAACUGAGGAGGAUGAAGUUCCAAUCAAGUCAACUGGAAAAUUGAUAGAGAAUUUGAAUGGGCAGUAGAAUGUAUAAACACUA